CUGACUCGAUGGUGAAGAGAGGGAGGGAGGCGGGGCGCUCUAGGCGGCGGCGGCGGCGCUGCACUCUAUGGUGUAAUGGGAGGAGCGGCGAGGCACGGCGGACGGCUCUGGCCCGGCCAGUUUGGCGCCUUCGGCGGGCACGAUGUCGUCGCCGAAAGAAAAUGUCAGCUUACUGUUCAAGUUGUACUGCCUCACGGUGAUGACCCUGGUUGCUGCAACAUACACAGUCGCGCUGCGGUACACAAGGACAGUGGGGACAGAACUGUACUUUUCAACGACGGCUGUGUGCAUCACUGAAGUUAUCAAGUUGUUCUUGAGUGUGGGCAUCUUGGCUAAAGAAACUGGAAGUCUGGCAAGGUUAAUAACAUCUUUAAAAGAAAAUGUAUUUGGAAGUCCUACAGAACUGCUAAAAUUAAGUGUUCCAUCUUUGGUAUAUGGUCUCCAAAACAAUAUGGCGUUUGUGGCUCUUAGCAACUUGGAUGCAGCAGUCUACCAGGUGACAUACCAGUUGAAGAUCCCUUGUACAGCUUUAUGUACAGUCCUAAUGCUAAACCGUACCCUUAGUAAGCUGCAGUGGUUCUCUGUCUUCAUGCUGUGCGGUGGUGUUACCCUUGUUCAGUGGAAGCCUGCUCAGGCUACGAAAGUACAGGUGGAGCAGAAUCCAUGGCUAGGGUUUGGAGCCAUUGCUGUUGCUGUAUUGUGUUCAGGAUUUGCAGGAGUCUAUUUUGAGAAGGUCUUGAAGAGUUCAGAUACUUCCUUGUGGGUGAGGAAUAUUCAGAUGUACUUAUCCGGGAUUGUGGUGACUUUAUUUGGUGUGUACAUGUCAGACGGAGCCCAAGUCCUUGAGAAAGGGUUUUUCUAUGGCUAUACAUGCUACGUCUGGUUUGUCAUCUUUCUUGCCAGUGUAGGUGGCCUCUACACCUCGGUGGUUGUUAAGUACACAGAUAACAUUAUGAAAGGCUUUUCUGCUGCAGCAGCCAUUGUUCUUUCAACUGUGGCAUCAGUCGCUCUCUUUGGCCUCCAGAUAACUGUUACCUUCUUCCUGGGUGCUCUCCUGGUGUGUGUUUCUAUUUACCUCUAUGGAUUACCUCGACAAGACACCACAAAAAUCCAGCCAUCAGAGACAAAGAAUUCAAAAGAGAGGCUUGCUACUGUGUGACGUUGUCCAUAGAAAUGGACAUGCAGGCAUGAGGGAAAAAUUGGACUUAAAAACCUGCAUUUUUUUUAAAUUAGCCUUAAGCUAGUCAUGGAAUGGUUGAAGUGGGAUAGACUGAAAGCAGAAGUUAAUUCUGUUUUACAUGGGGAAUUUCCAGUGGCUGACACUAAGGCUACAUCACAGCCGAGGAGCUGGAUGGGUGUUUUACUGAAGACAUUCUUCACUCACAGCGAACUGGAAAGCCCGUUUACAAGGAAAGUAGAAUGAAGGAACUGAAUACGCAAUUGUAUAUAAUGUAUAUAAUAGAAGGAAAUUGGUUCUUUGUGUAUUUGAUAAACUUCCUUGCCCUUUGAGGGCAGAAAUGCCCAAAAGCUUCAUAAAAAUCUAUUAAAAAGAGCAAUCACUGCCAGCAUUUUCUCUUAAA